CCUGUCAAGAGCGAAGUGCGUAGUCAUCGACCAGUGUCUUUGCACCGGAAGUAAGAGAAACUUAAGCAUGACCAAGAAAUAGUUUUAAAUGUAGCCCAUCGUAUUUCAGCAGAAGAACGAAAACAUCUGCGAACUGUUUGAAACGCGCUGCGAUCUGCGAUUGGCUGUUCGUCCGACGCACUUCUAUUCGCUUCUGAUUUUACUCGCUGUGGGACUGCUUCGCCCAUACGGCUGUCGCCUCUGCAAUACGACGGAAGAACUGCGAUUGGCUGUUGCUCUGACGCACAUUGACCUGCUUCCGGCUCUCCUGCGGGAUUGCUCCCUGACGGCUGUCAACUCUGCGACACGACUGAAGAACUUCGACUCGCCGUUCCGCUGUAUCGUGCUCCGAUUUGCUUCCGGCUCUACCCUGCGGUACUCCUUCCCCUGACGGCAGUCGUCGACUCUUCAACGCCACUAGGUGGCGUCUUUUUUUGACAUACGACCAUGGUCAAGUCACGUUCUUCGAGUUGUGCAGCAUUCUCUCCUGCGCCGGAGUCGACGGUGCAUCUCAACAGCAGUGCAUCAGGAAAGACUGUCCAUUGCUCAGAUAGCGAUACAAAAUGUAGUGGGAAGGACCAGCUCAGCAGUCAUUCGAGAACCCACACUGGGAAGAAGCGUUUCGAGUGCGCAGUGUGCAACCAGAAGUUCAAUCGAAGAGGUCAUGUCGCGGAUCAUCUUAGAACCCAUACAGGAGAAAAGCCUUUCGAGUGCACAGUUUGCAACCAGAAGUUCAGCCAAACAGGCCAUCUCCGACUUCAUCUUAAAACCCACACAGGGGAAAAGCUUUUCGAGUGCACAGUUUGCAACCAGAAGUUCAGACAAGCAGGCACUCUUCGAGGUCAUGUCAAAACCCACACAGGGGAAAAGCCUUUCGAGUGCACAGUUUGCUUAUUGAAGUUCAGUCAAACAGGCACUCUUCGACGUCAUCUUAGAACCCAUUCAGGGGAAAAGCCUUUCGAGUGCGCAGUUUGCAACCAGAAGUUCAGGCAAGCAGGCACUCUUCGAGAACAUCUUAAAACCCACUCAGGGGAAAAGCCUUUCGAGUGCGCAGUUUGCAACCAGAAGUUCAGGCAAGCAGGCACUCUUCGAAAACAUCUUAAAACCCACACAGGGGAAAAGCCUUUCGAGUGCACAGUUUGCAACCAGAAGUUCAGACGAGCAGGCACUCUUCGAGGUCAUGUUAAAACCCACACAGGGGAAAAGCCUUUCGAGUGCACAGUUUGCAACCAGAAGUUCAGUGUAGCAAGCUAUCUCCGACUUCAUCUUAAAACCCACACAGGGGAAAAGCCUUUCGAGUGCACAGUUUGCAACCAGAAGUUCAGACGAGCAGGCACUCUUCGAGGUCAUGUUAAAACCCACACAGGGGAAAAGCCUUUCGAGUGCACAGUUUGCAACCAGAAGUUCAGUGUAGCAAGCUAUCUCCGACUUCAUCUUAAAACCCACACAGGGGAAAAGCCUUUCGAGUGCACAGUUUGCAACCAGAAGUUCAGACAAGCAGGCACUCUUCGAGAUCAUCUUAAAACCCACACAGGGGAAAAGCCUUUUGAGUGCCCAGUUUGCAAUAGAAUGUUCCGCCAUGCAUCUGUUCUCAAAUGGCAUCUUCGAACGCACUCAGGGGAUAAGUCUUAAUGAAGUGUUUUUUGCAAUUGCUUCCUUUUUUCCCUGAAGACAGCCUCAAAACACGUCUUCGAAUCCUUUGGGGGUGAAACGAACCUUAGUUUUGCAUUCAAACGUACUGACCUGCUUCUUUAGGUUUUGUCGCGUUUGCCACGCCUUUUGAAAGUUUUUUGUUUUACCUGUUUGUUCGGUUAAUUUCGAUCUUGUGAGAGAUGUGAUGUAGCUUACUUUUUUUCCUAUAUAUUACAAAUGUGCACACCAAAUUCUUGCUAAGUUUAAUGUGCAUAAGCUUUGCUCGAUAUUGCAUGCAUUUCGAGAUGCAUAGGUUUGUGCAAAUCUUAUGUUCAUAAAACUGCGGAGUAAGUUAGUCGAUCUACUAAUAAAAACAAUGUUGUUAGUGUCUUCUUGCUUUGUGAGUGUCUAUAAUCGGUACAACUUAUUCGUGUCUCCGUUGUUGCUUUGCUUGAAUAUUUCGACGGAAAUAAAGUAAAGUAUCUCA